AUGAACGGCCACUUUGCCGCCGUCGGUGAUACGCCGACUGCGGCGCAAUACGGACAUGGCGUCCAAGUCAUUGACGAGGACAAAGAGUUCAAUGCUGGGAUCAACCAGUACCUCCAAUCCACCGAUGUCGCCGACGCGGGCUUCAAUUACCACCUCAUCUCGGUGUUCGGCUCUCAGUCGACAGGCAAAUCGACUCUGCUGAACAACCUCUUCGGCACCGACUUCAAUGUCAUGUCCGAGUCGGAACGCCGGCAGACGACUAAGGGAAUAUGGAUGUCCAAGAACAAGCGCGGGUCGAUGGCCGACAACAUCCUCGUGAUGGAUGUCGAGGGAACGGACGGUCGAGAACGUGGCGAGGAUCAAGACUUCGAGCGCAAGAGUGCCCUGUUCGCGCUGGCCACGAGCGAGGUGCUCAUUGUCAACAUCUGGGAGCACCAGGUUGGUCUCUACCAGGGAGCCAACAUGGGGCUCCUCAAGACUGUCUUUGAAGUCAACCUGCAGCUGUUCCAGAAGGAUAAACAAUCGACACCGAGGUCUUUACUAUUCUUCGUGAUUCGAGAUCACAUUGGGCACACGCCACUCGCGAAUCUCCGCAACACACUCAUCCAGGAUCUCACAAAGAUCUGGUCUUCUAUUGCCAAGCCCGAAGGUUUCGAGAAGUCGAAGAUCGAGGACUACUUUGACUUCGCCUUUUCUGCUCUCCCGCACAAGAUUCUGCAGCCGGAGAAGUUCGUCACAGAGGUUGCAAACCUGGGCAAGCGUUUCGUUGCUGGUAGCCGGAGCGCCAAGGGCCACAGCGAACACGGUGAACAGGAGCUGGAGGGUGGUGUUUUCUUGCCCGAGUACCACCGACGCAUUCCGGCUGAUGGUUUCUCGAUAUACGCCGAGGGAGUCUGGGACCAGAUCGUUGCCAACAAGGAUCUUGAUCUGCCGACUCAACAGGAGCUCCUCGCGCAGUUCCGCUGCGAUGAGAUUUCUCGUGAAGUCCUCAUUAACUUCGAUGCUGCGAUCGUGCCACUUGAAGAACAGCAAGCUGAGGCGACUCGUGCUGGCAAGCCAGUCGUCAUUGCUGACCUGGGCACCACGGGCCGAACCGCGCGUGAGAAGGUCGUCAAACAAUUUGAGGUGCAGGCCAGCAGGUACCACAAGGCCGUCUACACGCGCAAGAGGGCCGACUUGGAAGGCAAGGUUGAUCAACGUCUCAAGAGCUUGUACCAAGCUCAGUUGUCUGCUGCCCACAAGACAGGCGUCUCCAAGUUUACCGAGUCCGUCUCUGGCGCUGUCAAGACUGGCCAGAAGUCGGGUGGCUCUUAUGAGUUUGCCGAGAUCGUUGAGAAGGCCAAGACGAAGGCUGCUCAGCAGUUCAAGGAGGAGGCCCAGAGCCUCGAGAUUGCCGGCGUCUCUUGGACAAACUUUCAAUCCCAGCAUGCUCUUUUCGAGAAGGACCUGGACGAAGUUAGUGCCCGCUUGCGCAAGGAAGAAAUGAGGCGAUUGGCUACGCGCGUAGAGCGCUGGGUCAAGUCACGCCUCGGCGAUGCAGUUGGUCUCGAGUUCAACAAGCUCGGAUCUGGUCGUGGCGGCUCCGGAGCCCCCGAGCUGGACGAGAAGCCGCAGACGGAGAAGGAUCUCUGGGAUCGCAUCUGGAACUGCUUCAUCGUCAUUGUCAAGGAGGCUGAGACGAGAUUUUCAGACCGCGCGCAGAGCUUUAACGCCAGUCCGGAGGAGGUGAAUGUCGGGCUGUGGAGACUUCGUCGCAAGAGCUGGGUCGCCCUGCGGGAGAGGGUCGAUGAAGAGGUCAUGGAGGGCAACAUUCUGCUCAAACUGCGGGAAAACUUUGAGGACAAGUUCCGCUAUGACGAGGCUGGCGUGCCCCGUAUCUGGCGGCCGACGGACGACAUUGAGGGUAUCUAUACUCGCGCUCGCGAGUCGACACUGACUUUGAUUCCUCUGCUAUCGAGGUUCCGCCUUGCCGAAACGUAUGCUCCUCCCGAUCUUCCAGCUUUCAUCGGUCACCAGCCUCCUGGUGUUGAGGCUGAGGAUGAAGACGACCUGACGCCUAUCGGCGGCGUUGACGAGGAGGAUGGAAAGAGCCUGGAAGAGGAGAUGACGGUGCUCAGCGAGGGCAAGCGUCAGGACCUAGUUGUCCGGUUCAAGAAGACCGCCGAUGGUGUCUACGUCGAGGCUAAGCGUAGCGCGAUUGGCGGUGUGGCACAAGUGCCGCUAUACUUCUACGGUCUGCUGCUAGCUCUCGGAUGGAACGAGUUUGUGACCGUUCUUCGAAACCCUUUGCUUUUCCUGAUGCUGAUCAUCCUUGCCGGCGGCACUUAUAUCGCGUAUAACCUGAAUUUGCUUGGCCCCAUGAUGCAGAUGACCAACGCUGCCUGGGGGCAGGGACUCGAGAUUGGCAAGCAGAAGCUGCGCGAAUUCAUUGAGAACAACGAGACUGCGCGCGCAGCCAUCGCCAUGCCCGCCCGGGACAGCGACUCGAUCAGCCUUGACACGCUCGACAGUCGUGGCCAGCGGGCGCGGACCUCGAGCCAGCCUGCCGGAGACAACGAUGACGACUUCUAA